AUGGUCGCCGCGCCAGAGACCCAGCACUCGGCCAACCCCGCCGCCGCUCCCGCCGCCGCCGUCCACACGCAGCAGCACGCCGGUGAGGGGGUCAACAAGCUGGGCCAGGGGCAGGUCAACGGUGCCGAGCAGGGAGAGCAGCAGGGCAAGCAGGGACAGUCUGAGGUCAACGGCUCGACUGGAGCGCAUGGCGCCGCCGCCGAUGCCUCGACCAACCUCCCUCCUCCCGAUGUCGCUCGCAACAUCCCCUGCCGCUACUUCCCGCUCGGCCAGUGCAAGUACGGCGAGCACUGCAUCUUCUCGCACGGCAUUCCCGGCGUCUCGGGCUCGCCUGGCAUCCCGCCUUCACCGUCGGUCGCUUCGCAGAUCGCGCCCGCUCAGCAGGGAGGCCAGCCUCAGCCGCGGGCCCAGCCGCAGCAGCACCAGCAGCAGAUGCAACAGCACCAGCAGCAGCAAGCUCAGAUGAUGGCCAUGUCGAUGGACCAGGCGGCGUACGCGAUGCAGGGCAUGCCGAUGUACUACCCCGAGCAAGGCUUCGAGUACGGCUACCCUCAGCCUCCGUUCGGAGGUCAGCCCGGCUACUACUACCCGCCUCCCUUCGGCGGGGAACCCUCCCGCCGCGGCCCGAUCAUGCCCGCCGAGUCGCCUGUCGCCGUUCCCGUCCCUGCCGUCUCGCCUCCCGCUGCUUCGUCGACGCCCGAGUCGCAGCAGGCCGCACCUCAGGCGUCGACCUCGCCUGCUCCCGCCGCCGAGACGACCGCUGCCCCUCAGCCCUCGACUUCGGCCGCUCCGUCCCCUCCCGUCUCCACCGAGUCACCGCAGACGUACCCGACCUACUCUGCGUACCCUCCCGCCGACGGCAGCGCCGCCUUCGUUCCUCCCCCGCCUCCUGUCGCCGCGACUUCGCCUCAGACCUCGUUCGGACCGGACGGCGUGCCCCUCCCUCGCCCCGCCCCUUCGCUUCACACCUUCUUCCAGACUUCCACACCUGUCCCUCCCGUCCCUGCGUCCGCCGCCUCGCCUCCCGCUGGCGCUUCGCUCGUCCCCGCCGCCGCACCGAUCCCCCUCGCAGCCAGCAUGCCCGUCGCCACGCCUAACGGUUUCCCCAAGGGUCUCGGUCGCGGACCUGGCGGACCUCGCCGCGGCAUGCCCGGCGCCGCAGCAGCUGCCGCCGCCGCGGCCGCCGCUGCAGGAGCGAACGGUUUCGGACCUGGCAUGGGCAAGCGCCGCUCGUUCCCUGGCCCGCGCCCGCCUUGCUCGUUCUUCGAGGCGAACCGGUGCAGGAACGGCGACGAGUGCCCGUUCGUGCACCUCUUGCCGGACGGUACCGAUGCGCGCGCACUCGGUCGCGGCAUGAUCGGCGCGGAUGGCAGGACGGAUCACCCCGAGGCGAGUGGAGGGAUGCCGCCCGCUUGGUUGGCGACCCAGAAGGCUGUCAAGACUGCCAACCACACGGCGAGGAAGCAGCUUGAGAAUGGCGCGAUCCUCAAUGGAGGGUACUCGUACCGCGAGAGGAUGACGGGACCGGUUGCUGCGGGGCCGCAGGGGAUGCAGCAGCAGAGGAGGUUUGAGGAGGAGAGGGCGAGGCACUUGCAGGCGAUGCAGGCUGCCCAGGCUCAGCAGCAGCAGCAGGCUUCGGCGACUCAGCAGCAGUCGUCGGUUGAGGCGGGCGCCGAGCAGGCGCAGUCCACCGGCGCUCCCGUCCACCAGCAACCUCACCACGCUCACCCGCACCCUCAGCACGUCCACCACCAGCACCAGCAGCGUCACUUUGGCCCCGGCGCACACCGCGCUGGCUCGCUUCCUCCCGGCUCGGCCGCCCCUCAGCUCGUCGCCGCCAUCAACGGCUUGACGCGUCGCAUCCCGCCCGCCCACAUGCACCAGCAGCAGCACAACGCCCAGCACCCGGCUCAGCCGCAGCAGGCUUCCGCUCCCGCUCAUCAGCAGCAGCCAUCGCAGCAAAAGUCCGCCCAGCGCGUCCCGUCCGGGGACGAGUUCCCGGCCCUCUCGCCCGCUGCGCCCCUCUCGCCCGCCGCCGAGAAGGACGGCUUCGUCGCCGCUUCCGAAUCGUCGCCCGUUGAGCCCGCCAAGGUUGAGGAGAAGCCUGCCGUUCCCGCCGAGGCUGUCAAGUCGCCCUCGAGCGAGACCGACGGCUUCGUCAUGGUCUCGCACGACGAUGCCGCCGAAGCACCUUCGUCCGCCGCACCCGCCGAGUCCGCCGCACCCGCACCGACGCCCGCUCCCGCUGCGCCGCCCAAGCUCCUCGGCGGAUGGGCUUCGGCCGCCGCUCGUGGCGCCAGCGUCGUCGUCCCCGAGAAGCCGAAGCCGACUCGUUCGUUCUCGCCGAUGAGCAAGCCCGCUAGUCCCGCCUCGGCUGACGUCGGCGACAAAAAGGCUUCGACCGACGCCGCCGCGCCUGCAAAGAAGGACGCGAAGAAGGACGACGACGGCUUUGUCAAGAAGGAGGGCAAGAAGAGGAAUGGCGGGGCGAAGGGCGCCAAGCACGGCGGCGCGCCCGCUGCUCAGGUCGCCAUCAAAGCUUGA